UUGAACCGAGUUACUCGGCCAAGUGUUCGGUUGAAAAAAAAUUUAACCGAGUAAAACUCGGUACUCGUUACUCGGCAAAAGUGUUACUCGGCGCAUCUCUAUUUAUUAGUAAAGACGUAUACUCUAAAAAAAAACCUGUAAUAUUGUGAGAACCUAGCCUUUGAGUGUCGUUAUUACAAGUCAUGUAUAUGACGAUGAGUUUUCCGGUUUGACUCUGAUCGUCAAAUAGUACACACGUCACACAACUCGCUCCAAAGUUAUAAACACUCAACUGUUAUGUGUAUAAACUAUUGACUGUGAUAGUAAAUCAAUUGUUACAUAAAUUACAAGUAAAGCAAUAAAAAUCGUGUAAACUUUGUGCAAAUGGAGUGAAAUAAAGUGGGAGUCAACAUAAUGAAGUGGUUUGCUCUCAGCGUCGUAUUUUUUGGAGUAGUUCAAAAUGGAAGUUCCUUAAAUGAGGGCGAGGGCUGCGUGAUCAGACACACAGACUCAGCGGGUGUGUGUACACUGGGCUCCAAGUGUCUGCCUGCCUUGAAUGAUUACCAGAGGAACGGCAUCCCUCCAACGUUAUGUUCGGAGCAGCGGUUCCCAUUCCUCGUCUGCUGCACUGACCUCACGGCGAUCAAUCAGAAACCCGUUUUCGAGAAGACGACAAGAAGAAAAAGACUAAGCGAGAGAAAGUGCGAUGAAUACAGCCGGUACAUGCCCGAAAACACGCCAAAUUGCAUCGACGACCAGGUCAUUGAAAAAGCCAAACGAGGGGAAUUCCCGCAUAUGGCCGCCGUGGGCUGGGAGAAUUAUUUGAGGAGGACUGACUACAUGUUUGAGUGUUCAGGCAGCCUCAUCAGCUCUCGGUUCGUGCUGACCAGCGCAGAUUGCAAGUUGCCAGUUAAAAGCAUCCACGUGUACCCAGGAUACAAUUCUUCUGUCAUAUACAACAACAUAGCGUUGCUCGAGUUGGAAGCGGAUGUGGACUUCAACGAUGACAUCCGCCCGGCGUGUCUGUGGAGCAAGCCUGACUUCCCGGGGUACAGCAAGGCCAUUGCCACGGGUUGGGUAGUCGAUGGCAUCAUUGCCAGUUAAAAGCAUCCACGUGUACCCAGGAUACAAUUCUUCUGUCAUAUACAACAACAUAGCGUUGCUCGAGUUGGAAGCGGAUGUGGACUUCAACGAUGACAUCCGCCCGGCGUGUCUGUGGAGCAAGCCUGACUUCCC